GGAGAUACGAGGGAGUCCUAUCCGUAAGACUCAGCAUUCCGACUCAUCCAACGUGUGCAGGCGAUCGCCCAACCCUCGCAAACGCCGUCACAACCCUAACUUGAAGUUUCGAUCGUAAUUGUGCCGGCUGCUACGCCCCCACCGGAGAAGAGAGCGCCGACACCGAGAUGGGCCGCGUCCGGACGGAGACGGUGGAGAAGUCCUCCCGCCAGGUGAUCGAGCGGCACUACUCGCUCAUCACCAUCGACUUCCACACCAACUAGAAGAUCCUCGAGGAGAUCCCUUCAUCCCGUCGAAGCGAUGCCGCAACAAGAUCGCCGGAUUCAGCGUGGCCCUGUCCGCGGCAUCUCCCUCAAGCUCCAGCAGGAGGAGCGCGAGCGCCGGAUUGACUUCGACCCCGACGAGUCCGCCAUCAGGGUCGAAUACAUCGAGGUCGACAAGGAGACCUUCGACAUGCUCGACCCCUCGUCAAGGUCGGCCUCCCCGACGUCGAGAAGCAGGCCAACGCCCUCGCCCCGGCGGUGGCUAUGGUCGCAGGCUCCGAGAUUGCUUUGUCUCUGUAUAGCAAAUCAUGAUCAGUACUUUGUCAUGAGGUGUGGAGAGGAGGAGAGCUUGUCUUACGGUUUUUAAGCGAGAAUCCAUCGAAUGGCAAGGGGUUUGGGAAAUCUUCAUUGGAGUGACCAGAGACUAUGUGCAAAGAGAAAGACACAAGAUCUGGACAAGGCAAUGUUUCCAUUCACCAACCAUGAUUUUUUUGUGGUUUAUUUGUUUUGGGUUUUUUUUUCUGUUUUAAUAAUUUGUUGCUCUCUUAUCUAGUGAACUUUCAUUAUACCUUUUUUUUUGGGAAAAAACAUUAUUUGAUUUCCUUCUUGUUCUUCAUGUCAAAUGAUAAAACCUUAUGAAGGUUUUUCAUCUCCCUUAAUUGAUUUCUGAAGCAUAAUUUUAGUGAAUUUUCAUUGUACAUUUUUUGGAAAAAAAAAAGAUUUGAUUUCCUUCUUGUUCUUCAUGUCAAAGGAGAUAACCUUAUGAAGGUUUUUCAUCUUCCUUGAUUGAUUUCUGAUUUGAUUUCCUUCUUGUUCUUCAUGUCACAUGAGAAAACCUUAUGAAGGUUUUUCAUCUCCCUUAAUUGUUUUCUGAAGCAUAUUUUUGGGAUGACUGCCUUAAACCACAUUAAACUUAUCAUGCUAUAUGACAUUCUGAAAUUAAUGAGCUGAUGUGAUUAAUCUCAUGGCAUCUGUUAUCUGAUUAAUUUAUGGAUGUCCUGCUUUUUUGGAGGGUGAUCUUGUCAAUUCAUUGCCACGGUUGGCGGUGGUGCCACCGCUCGCCAAGCACCUAUCUGCCCGUCUCCGUCACCCAAACGUGGUAUCGUCAUCUUACUCGUGGAUCUCCCAUGAUCGUUGAUCUCUAAGCCUAUCGCCAUCAUCGCGCGUGCGCUCUCCGCCCUCCAGACGCUCGUUUCUCCCCCUACCACGUGCCCCGUUCGAUCUUUCAGUCCUAAAUGACCGUCUUAACCCUCUUCUGAAUACUUUAUUUCUUCAUGUGCCCCUGCGCACUUUUAUGCGUGGGAAGUCGACCUCGUCAACCCUGCGGGUCCCAUCGGUUCUUUCAAACCAGCUCCUCCAUUCUCAUACGGGUACGUUGGGGGGUAAGUCAAAGCCGGGGAACAAUAGAAGAUUCCUUAUUUUGUCCUCCAAUGGCUGCCACACCGAGUUGGGGUUUGUUUUUCUCUUGGUACGUAGUUGCCCCUGCAUGUCAUGCUUAAUUACGACGAACUCCCUCUGCCCCCUCGACCGCCGAUUCACACCUGUUAAUGGUUCUGGAACGACCCGUUCCGAACCAAAUUAAAUCCAAUCGAAGGGUGAUUUGAUGGGAUUUCAAAGUGAGAAGCUGUAUAAUAUUGAAUCGAUUUGGAUCGAACGUUGUCGAACUCAAGUCAUAGGAGCUAACAAAUCACCGAGUUCAAUUGGCAGGACAGGUCGGUCAUUUCGACGAGACCGACGAUGGCAGACUCGUAUUUGUCUCAAGUUCCAGGGGCAUUCAUUAUUUGAUCUCUAUUAUAUACAUCCCUCGACCUCACCAGGGCUUCUCUUCUCCCUUCAAAUCAUCUUCUUCAUCCUCCUGCGUUUCCCUAUCUCCUUUCGCGCUUCCUUUGCUUGGCCCCCCUCCGCCGCGCCACGGCCGCCGCUCGCCGUUAUACCGGCGUGGUUCGCCGGAUUCCUGGGGUCACGUAACGUCCCCGCUGUGGAUCUUAUCCUUUUGUUCUUCUUUUACCGUUUUGCCCCCUCACCUCUUUUUUUUCCUUUUAAUCUGAUCCCUCUCCGGCCUUCUUUUUGUUCGCUUGCGGAUUCGAUGCCCUCUUGCUGACGUGGCGAAACUGAAAUCAUGUCGACUCACUUGCGGGCGGGAGAGGCAGCAGCUGGCGCGUUGAGGAAGCGGAAGGAUCGGGAACCGUCCGACUCCCCUCGGGCGCGGUCCCCCGCUGGGCCGGAUCCGGUUCAGCCCGCGCUGGCCCGCGACAACCGGCUCUUGGCUGGGUGCCUGGCGAACGAGUUCCUCACCAAAGGAACCCUCUUCGGGAAACGGUGGGAGCCGAACGGGUCCGAGCCGGAUAACAAGAUGGCUAACGCGGUCUGCCCUGGUUCAGCGGAUAGCGACCCGGACAAGGACAGGGCGAACCCGGUUCGAUCGGGGAGCACGACCGCGGAGCCAGCGCGGUCCAAGCCGCCCAUCGCGUACGCGGAGGUGUCGUACUUGCUGAAGGCGGACGGGGCCCGCAUUCAGGGCGUGGUCAACCCCACCCAACUCGCCCGCUGGCUCCAGAUGUAAGGUGGCGUGACCCGCGUGGCAGCGCACGCAGCUGUUGCUCACUGCUGCAUGCAUGAGGCUGGAAGAGUCGGUGACUGAUGCUGGAGGUGAUGAAUCUGAUCACAAAAAGGAAGGCGUGCAAAUGAUUCUUCUUCUGCAUUGUGUUUUCUCCUUUCAAUUUUUAGCCUCAUGGAUGUUUUCCGAGUCAACAGUAAGGAUUUGGCGUUGUUUUUUGCUUUA